AUGCAGUUCCAUUGGAAUGUUGUGGCUCUCCUGAACUUUGGGUUUGUCCUCUGGAGUUCUGCAGAAGAAUACGAUUAUUACAGUUGGCAGUCGGACAACUUCCAGAAUGGACGAUUCUACACCAAGCAGAGCAAAUGUGUGGACAUUCCCCAAGACCUUCAUCUGUGCCAUAAUGUUGGCUAUAAGAAGAUGAGGCUACCCAAUUUACUGGACCAUGAAACCAUGCCUGAAGUAAAGCAACAAGCCAGUAGUUGGGUUCCCUUGUUGGCGAAGAGAUGUCAUCGAGACACCCAACUCUUCUUGUGCUCCCUUUUUGCGCCAAUUUGCUUGGAGAGACCCAUUUAUCCAUGCCGGUCGCUGUGUGAGGUGGUGCGCGAUAGCUGUGCACCAGUCAUGGAAUCGUAUGGUUUUCCUUGGCCAGAGAUGCUGAACUGUAAUAAGUUUCCUCAAGAUAAUGACCUCUGCAUCACUGUGCAAUAUGGCACCAAGCAAGUGACUCAACCAUCAGGAACCAAGAUCUGCACUCAGUGUGAAAUUGAACAAAAAUCCGAGACCAUGAGGGUUCAAUAUUGUGCAAGUGAUUUUGUUGUACGGAUGCGUAUCAAAGAGGCGAAGACUGAGAACGGGGAUCUGAAGCUCAUAGCGGCCCAGAAGAAGAAGAAGGUACUAAAAGCUGGAAAACUCAAGAGGAAGGAGUUCCGCAAACUCGUCCUGUACAUUAAAAACGCAGUGGAAUGCCAAUGUCCUCAGCUGGACAACCUGAGCGGGAGCUUCCUCAUCAUGGGUCGGAAGGUGGAAAAUAAGCUUUUGCUCACCGCCAUCUACAAGUGGGACAAGAAAAGCAAGGACAUGAAGUACGCGGUGAACUUCAUGUUCACCUAUCCCUGUUCUGAGACCCUUUCCCAUGGUGCACACAUAGGUUCCUUCCGCUAAAGGUCGAGAUCUGGAGAACUUUCCGUGAUGCCUUCACCUAGCCUUACCAAAUGGACUUUAUAUUUUAGCAAUAGCAGUAACAUAGCAUACUCAGCUUCAAAUAAAAAAUAAGAAUAAAGAGUUACUAGGGUAGUCAUACUGAAUGAUAUGGCUGAGAGGGUGAAGAAUAGGAUCAUUGCAAGACAGACACGGUAAAUAGGGAAAGGACGGACUGUGAAUGCAGAGAUUCAAUUGGAAACACAAAGUACGUGGUUGAGGAAGAAUACCUGGAACAAAAUGUUUAAGUCUAACAUUGUCACGGUGGUUAAAAGCAGCAGUAUAUCAUUCCCUUAGGCAAAAUGCAUUAGGACUUAAGCCAGUAAUGGUGAAAGGGAAAUAUAGUAUUUACAGGAAAGCGUUGGAGUUGUGACUGGCCCGAAUAUUCUCUAAUAAAUCAUAGUCUGACGUCAGAUUCUUCUGCCGGAAAACUUCACUACAUGAGUAUAUAUAUAUUCACAGAUACAGAAUAUGAACACGGACAUUUUUAGUUGUCACUGUUUGCUCUAAUUUCCAAUAAUAGAUACAACCUUGGUACAUAAUGGGCAUGUCUAUUAUCAUACCAGACAUAGAAAUCGUUUUGGGGCCCACUUCUACACAAAGUAAGAUGCCAGUUGUCGAGGUGGUAUAAUAGGGAGGCCACAAAAAAGGGCAUUUGCCCAGCGUCUUCACCAACAAGGCGCCUCCCCCAUAUAAUUGUCUCCAGUCUCUCUUACACAUUCCUAGGACAAUGACAUAAAAAUACAAGAGUCUGCAACUAGAACAACAUAAACGUCUUUCACAUUGGUCCCCAAUACACUCCUCUAGGCCCACCAACAUUCCAGAUUUUAUUUAGUUACUCCAUUGGAAUCGAAACACGGUAAAGCUUAAAGGGGUACUCGGGUGAAAAACACUUUUUUCAUAUCAACUGCCUCAAGAAAGUUAAACAGAUUUGUAAAUUCCUUCUAUUAAAAAAACUUAAUCCUUCCAGUACAUAUCAGAGGAAGUUGUGUAGUUCUUUUCUUUCUGACCACAGUGCUCUCUGCUGACCCCUCUGUCCAUGCCAGGAACUGUCCAGAGUAGGUGCAAAUCCCCAUAGCAAACCUCUCCUGCUCCAGACAAUUCUUGAUAUGGACAGAGGGGUCAGCAGAGAGCACUGUGGUCUGACUGGAAAGAACUACACAACUUCCUCUGGAGCAUACAGCAGCUGAUAACUACUGGAAGGAUUAAGAUUUUUAUAUAGAAGUAAUUUACAAAUCUGUUUAACUCUCUGGCACUAGUUGAUUUGAAAAAAAUUGUUUUCCACCGGAGUACUCCUUUAAAUCCUGGACUGCUGGUGGGAACCUCUGAACAAUAUGCAAGUGUAUUGACAACGCGAUUGACGACAUAUAACGCAUUGUAGGGUUGAACAUUUGGGCUAAGCUUCUAUUAUAACCUUUAGAUUGUUGUUUUGACAUUGGUCAAAUGUUUCCGCAUUGAAAUGUCGCGAAUCCGAACUCAGCAGGGCUAACCCGUGAGCUUUUCGGCACAGAAUCUGCCUAAAAAAGUGACCUUCCACUAUUCCUCAUUGAAAUCCAAAUGAUGGAAAGGAUGAGGUUCAUGGAUGGAUUGUACUUGGAUUUUGGUGUAGAAUACACAUACCCUUAACUUACUAAACCUACUUGCUAUGCUAAAGAUAGUUAUGAUGGCGUCGGCUCUAUGAUAUCCUUGGAAAUUGGGCCUUGUGGAUCAUUGUUACACUGUUGGCUUGGAAGGAGCUAUUGGGUUAGAACAAAAGUCGAAAACUGUGGUCCUCCUGAUGUUGCAAAACUUCAACUCCCAGCAUGCCCGGACAGCCGUUGGCUGUCCGGGCAUGCUGGGAGUUAAAGUUUUGCAACUCUGAAGGGCCACAGUUUGAGACCACUGGGACCUCAACCACUAUUCCAGGACAGCAGUGCUGGUUCACACCCUAUUCCCUACAAAAUAGUCCACAUUCCAGGUUAAUGUUGGCAUACCACAAGAACAUUGGGGGAGAUUUAUCAAAACCUGUGCAAAGGAAUGGUUGCCCAGUUGCCCAUAGCAACCGAUCAGUUCGCUUCUUUCAUUUCUAACAAGGCCUCUGCCAAAUGAAAGAAGCAAUCUGAUUGGUUGCUAUGGGCAACUGGGCAACUUUUCCUUUGCACAGGUUUUGAUAAAUCUCCCCCAUUGAGUCAACAUAUCCCAUAGCAUACUUGUGCCAUGUUAACCCAUUUCAAUGAACGUAGUCUACAAGUGACUACAUUCAGUUCAUUCCUGAGCACAUACAGUUUGUAAUGGGAAUCCAAAACUCCAAAUAUCCAAAAUGUGGGCUACUUUAUAAAUGGGAACAUAGCCUAACAUUGCAGAAAUGGAGCUCUGCCUUGAUUCUUUCUAGACCUGGUCAAACUUAAUUAAGGGUCCAACACAAGAUUUUCUUUAAAACUAUGAUGUUGGGGUAGUGCAAUGCUGGACUACUAAGUCAUUUACAAGAAUGAUACAUUUCUAGAAAGCUAUGUGUAAAAGACGAUGCAUCAUCCUAUACUAUCUUAGGAGGCAAUGGUGGAUCUUGUUUCUGAGCUCUAGCCCCACCCCCUGAGUGAUGUCAUCACUCCUGAGUAGCCCAUGGUGCGAUGUGAGGUGUAUGGGGCAGAUGUUGUAGCCCAGGGGCAGAUGGUAUUAACCCCUAAAUGUUCGUGAUGCCAGGGCGUGGUUUGCCUAUGUAACCACCGAAAGAUAGCUCCACUAGUCCUAGUUAGGCAGGGCAAGGUCAGGUCAGGGUUAACGGUAGUUUUACUGAGGUAGACAGAUGGUACAGUCUCUACAGCUAGACCAGGAUCCCAGAAAGGUGACCAGUAACAAAGGGGACCUCGCAGCUUGCUGGGACUUGCAGUAACUUUGACAGACUUUAGGACAGCCACGCUGACUAUAAUAGACUUGACUUGACUCAAGAUAGUGACAGCAGACAGAGACGACUUGAAUUACUGACAUGUGGCUGUAGGUUAGGCUUGAGGCCUCCAGAUGUGCUGGACACUGGCUCUGAGACAUCUGGACUGGACUUGACCUCAGCAGAGAAUGAAUCACAAGAGCAAAAAGAGAGAGAUUGUAGUACCUCCCUUCUUAUAAAGGGGGGCUGAGCAAGGAGCCAAUAGGUCAAGCUGCAGGUCACCUGGUUAGCUGGUGCUCUCUGGGUAACAAAACAUGUGACUUGAUCAUGUGACAACAGUAUCAUGUGAUUAACUCAAAGGCCUGGUUGGUUUUCAGCAGCAGCAGGAAGCACAGCAUGGGUCAGGUCACCGGCGGAUCCGCAGCAUAAAAUAUGCUGAGGAUGCGUUAUGUGUGACCCUACCCUUAGGGGAGAAUGAUGUGUGUGUUUACAGCAAGCUGCCUUGUGCUGAACAAUACCACAGGCAGAGGAGCAGAUGGGCAAUGAAUGCAGCAGGUGCAGCAGAUUUACUGACUGAAGAGCAACAGUCUGCUGUUUACUGAAAUCUGAAGCAGUUCUGGGCAGGGAACUGGCAGGAGUGCUGUGGGAGGGAAAUAGGCAGGGGAUGACUGUGGUGAAGAUCUAAGGAAAAACCAUGCAUUCUGGGAAUUGUAGUACUGAGCAACUGUUCAACCACCAAAUAGUAAAAGGACAUGCUAUGGGAGAAGACUUCAUACCCACAAACAAAUGGAUUUUUGGUGAAUUUAUAAUUUGGGCAGACAGGAAAGCAAUGAUAAAUAUGUUUUGGCAGCAUUUUUUUUUUUACCCAAUGGCCCCACCCUAUGGAUCAUACCAUCAUUGUCAGGAGAUGCUAAAGAUCUGAUGUGUAGGCCAAAGCUGGUCAGAAGCUGGCCAUGUAUGAUUGUACCCAUAUGUGAUGUCCUCUAUAUGAGUUACCAGGUAUGUUGGUCAAGCUGGGUAAAAUCAUGGGUGAAUAAGGGCUAAAAAUGUUGCAUGCAACAAUUAUAGGUGAGAUAUUUUAUGCAUAUAGAAGGGAACAGAUGAUAUAAUCUUCUAAUACUAUAUUCAUAUUCAUGGGAUCCAACAAACAAAUAAUAAGACAAAACAAGCAGCAGCAAAAAUACUUUAUGAUAUCUAUGUUAUACCUUAUAAGAUGUCUUUCCAAAAUUCAUAUUAUUCAUUUUAAAUUUAGAAACAUUAAAGGGGUGUCUUGGUUUAAACUUCUAUGUGAUCCCCAAAUUCCCUGAAUCUGGCCCUUUUCAUCCCCCUUGUGCUUCUUUUGCCCCUUAGUCCAUAGAGAUGGUAGAUCAGAAGACCAUGACCACAGUGGUGUGUUGCCUUCAUAGGGAAGUGACAACCCAAUAUAAGUCCUAGAGAAAGGGACAACAGAAGCAGCAGACAAGCGCUGGCAAAACUAAAGACCGGAGUGGAAUUAAAGGGGUAUUCCGGGCAAAAACAUUUUAUCCCCUAUCCAAAGGAUAGGGGAUAAGAUGUCUGA